UUUUUUUUUAAAAAAAAAAAUUGUUUUUUAUUUAAAAAUUAUAUUAAAAUAGUUUUUAUUUUUAUUUUUCACAUUAACAUAUUAAAAUUAUUAAAAAACAUUUUAAAAAAUAUUAAUUUAAUAUUUUAUUUUAAAAAAAUCAAAAAAACGAAAGUUACUCAUACAAAGAAACCAUUUGUUUUUGCAGUGCAAAAAUAUUUUUUAAAAAUUAAAUUUUUUAAUAUUUUUAAAUUGUUUUAAUAUAAUAAUAAUAAAAAUAAAUUUUAUAAUUUAAACCAAUUUAGAUAUCGGACGGACUCACGAGACUGUACAGGUUUUAAAAGCUUAUGGCGAUUGUGGGCAUUAAAAAGGGAUGGGGUAAUGUCACAAAAACAAAGAUAAGUUCUAUUGAGAAUUACGAGUUCAUCUAUGACCCAAUUGUGAGGCAGGGUUUUGUCUUUGAUUGUGUUUCGGACUAACAUUUGUAAGAGAGCAGGCCUUAAAUUUCAACAACAAAUAUUUCCUCAGCCCAACAAAAACUCUUAUGGCUCACUGCCUUCUGGCCCUUUUGCUGCGGGCAAUGUAUGCUUUCCUGGCAAAGCAACGGUCUGCUUUGGUAUUCAAGUUUUCGAAAUUCGAGUCUCCUCUGUAUUCUACUUGCUCCGUGUUAUCAUUACUAGUGUUGUCCGGGAAGGCAAAGACACAGUCAUGGAGGUUAAAGAAGAAGAAGGGACUAUCAAAACAGCAGUGAUUGAGGUAGAAUCUUCACCAUCUCCUGAUGGGACUCCGAUCAGACCCAUAUUUUGUUUGAAUAAAACAAACGUGGAAAACCUUAGAAAGUUAGAGGAAACUGAGGAUUGCUUCAUCCUUGAUUUUGACCCUUCUGAAAUUGACACUUCUAUUCGUCGUUUCUCCACUCUCUCCGUCUACUCCUUCAGUGAUGAUGAUGGUGAUGGUGGUGACCUCUCUGUUGUUGCUGAAAAAGGCCAGGUGGCUUGUAGGGAUUAUCCACACUCAAGGCAUCUUUGUAUCAAAUUCCCAUUUGAUAAAACCCCACAUGAGAGCUACUGUGAACUGUGUUAUUGCUAUGUUUGUGAUUGUGCCGCUCCAUGUAAGGACUGGAAGGAUUCUGAAUCAGCUCAUUGCAAUGCUUCAGAGAAAAUUGGUGAUUGGAAGGAACAAAGGUGGCUGAAGAGAAAGGAAGAGAUCAAACUUCCAAAUUCAUAGCUUUCUGUUGUUUGCUUCUGGUAUUUGACACUUUCCAUGGAAAAAACUGAUCCUUUUGAUGUCAAUUAGCCAAAUUCAUGCUUAGAAUUUGAUGUCUUGCUGCUAGGGGCUUGUUGUGUCAAUAUAUUGAACGUGAUGGUUUAGAGAAGCAUCUGUGAGAUGCUAUUGUCUGUUAUAUUUUAAUACUGGUUUGAAAUGGAGAUGGUUCAGCAUAGUGCUUUGGCUACAGACCAGUAGCCAUGGGCCAUAGCCAUUAACUAUUCUAAAUCUACUCUGCAGUUCUUCAUA